AGUAACCAUCUUCAUUUCAAAAGAACAGAAAACGCUAUAAAUUACUAAAUACCUAUCAAACAAUUUUUGUUUUGAAAUUCUAAUAUUUUAAGAUUAAUAUGAUAUAAAUUUGUACAAUUUAUUUAUAUUUUUGUUAAAAUUUUUCUUAAGAUACCUAGUUGCACAGAUGAAGUCAAUGGGGAAGGCAGUAUCAAUUGAAUCUAAACAUCUGUAAAAAGUCAUGUCUUUUAUCAGUCAAUAUACACCAAAAUGGUUUCCAUCAAACUUCUUCGAUAUUAACAAUAAAGAAUUAAAAAUAGUUGUUUGCAUUGGAGGUGCUAUUUUGGGAGCCAAGUUAUCGCUUGACUAUGCUAAAAAAAUUAGUAUGUCAGGAAAUUCCAAUAACCCACUUGUAAAAACUCUUCACAAUAUUUUAAAACCAUAUUUAAAUUGUGGUCUUUUGGUUCGAAAUGAGUUUUCAGUAUUGCUUCCAUGGCAGUUUUGUGUACUUUCAAAAAAAUCUUAUGUUAUUGUGAAUUAUGGAUCUUACGGUACUGUUCCAAUUAAAGUUCAAAAUUAUCAAACUGCUUUACUGAGGCAAACAGAAUGCUGUCCAGACUUAUUCUAUCGGUUUACACUGAUAGAAAAGUAUGAAGAAAGUCGUGUUGUUGUUGCUAAUGCUGUUGGUUGUCACCCUGAUAAUCUUGUUUUUGUUGAAAAUAUUACUGAAGGUAUUAAUGUUUCUCUUCGUUCUUUUCUUCGCAACUUUACCAAGAGUGACUCAAUAUUAUGCUUGCGUAGCAUUGGUUACAGUGCUGUUUUAAAAGCGAUAGAUGUGCUUGCAAAAGAAUAUAAUGUUAAAGUUGUUAACUUGGAAAUUCAAUUUCCGAUUCAUUCAAAAGAAGAUUUGUGUGCGCAAUUUGAAGAUGCUAUUCUGAAACAUCCGAGAAUCAAGUUAGCAAUUUUUGAUCACAUUACUAGUGCAUCUUCUGUUGUUUUACCAAUUCAUGAUCUCGGAAUUAUAUGUCAAAAGUACAAUGUUAUAUCAGUUGUUGAUGGGGCUCAUGCACCUGGACAACUAUAUUUGGACGUUGAGAACUACAAUGUUGAUAUUUACUUAGGAAAUCUUCACAAGUGGUACUAUACUCCUAAAAGCUGUGCUAUUAUGUAUGUGAAGAGUAAAUAUCAUGACCAAAUGCAGCCAUCAUGGGUUUCACAUCAUGCUUAUAUGAACUUUCAUCAGCGAUUCUGGAGACAAGGAACGAAGAAUUACACUGCAAUGCUUACUGCAGGCUAUUCUGUUGGAGAGUAUAUGAAGAAUAUUGGUGGAAUAAGCCAUCUACAUUCUUAUAUAACUCCACUUGUUGAAUGGGCUGUCCAAUUAUACAUCCAUGAAUGGGGUACAGAAGAAAUUCAAGUGCCGCCAGAUAUGAAAGCACCAUACAUGCGAACUGUGUACUUGCCAAACGUCUUUACUGAAGUUUACGGAGGCGACAGCAUUGCAGCAGACGCAUUGAUAAAGUCUUUGAUAAAAGAGGAAAGAUUAGUGAUUUUCAUCAAUCCUGUUCAAGGUCGCUUAUCCACUAGAGUUUCAGCGCAAAUAUUUAGCACGCGUGCCGAAUAUACCUAUGCGGCUGAAGUUAUUAAAAGGAAAGCAUUAGAGUUAACAGAAAAACUAGCCGGACAAGAGGUUGUUAACUUUUAAUGCAAGUAAGAAACUUGAACAUUUUUUCAAAAUAAAAUUUGGUAAGUGUUUUUAGAAAAAUUUGUGUCAUUUCAUCAGA